AUGAAGAUUGCAGUAGAAGGAUGUGCCCACGGAGAGCUAGAAAAAAUAUACGAAUGUAUUGAAACUUUACAAGAAAGGGAAGGCAUAAAAAUAGAUUUAUUAAUUUGUUGUGGUGAUUUUCAAUCUGUCCGUAACAAUGAUGAUCUUCGAGCAAUGGCUGUACCUGAAAAAUAUCAAAAUAUUUGUACAUUUUAUAAGUACUACAGUGGUGAAAAAGAGGCACCCAUAUUAACUAUAUUUAUAGGAGGAAAUCAUGAAGCAUCAAAUUAUUUACAAGAAUUACCAUACGGUGGUUGGGUGGCACCAAAUAUCUACUACCUAGGAAGAGCUGGUGUGAUUAACUUCGGAAAUUUAAGAAUUGCAGGUCUUUCAGGUAUUUUCAAGGGACAUGACUAUCUUCAAGGGCUUUGGGAAAGCCCACCUUAUUCCCAAAAUUCACUCCGAUCUGUUUAUCACAUAAGGUCAUUAGAUGUAUUCCGUCUAAGUCAGCUCAAGGAACCAGUCCAUGUUAUGCUGUCACAUGAUUGGCCACGGGGUAUUACUGAGUAUGGAGAUAAACAAAAUUUGUUAAAGAGGAAACCAUUUUUUAGGGAGGAUAUUGAGUCAAACCAGCUGGGAAGUGUGCCUGCGGAAAAGCUUUUAUAUUUAUUGAAGCCUGAUUAUUGGUUUGCUGCUCACUUGCAUUGCCAAUUUGCUGCUAUCGUCAAGCAUGAUGAAACAAAUUCUGAAACAAAGUUUCUAGCCCUAGACAAAUGCCUUCCAAAACGCAGACACUUACAAAUACUUGAUUUACCAUCUACAUACGAUGGAGAUAAAUUAUUAAAACAUGAUGCAGAGUGGUUAGCUAUUUUGAAAAAUACUAAUCACCUGUUGAGUGUCAAAAAUGUUGAUUGUCACAUGCCUGGCCCAGGUGGCAAUGAGAGGUAUUUAUUUAGUCCUACUGAAGAAGAAAAGUUAAACAUUGUGCAUUUAAUGGAGACAUUGACAAUAACAAAUGACUCAUUUGUCAGGACAGCUCCUGUAUAUAAGCCAGGGGCACCAAGAAGUGUAUCAUUAGAACCUAUAAUGAACCCUCAAACUGUUUCUCUCUGUGAAAAACUAGGUAUAGAUGAUCCAUUGCAAGUGAUAAUGGCUAGAGCAGGAAGGACUAUGAAACAACCAUUUGUUAAUGAUUCCAACAUAAGCAUUGAUAGCAGUCCAAUAAGUACACCUUUUAAAUGUACUAAACUCUCUCUACCGGCGCCGGUUACACCUGUUGUGAAUAAAGACUUUUCCAAUUCAGAUUCUGUCUGUUCACCAAAUACUCCAGUUCUGUGUGAUACUUUAAACAAUACACCUGAAAACAUGAGUACUCCACCAUCAAGUAAAAAAAUAUUUAAAAGAAGAAAUUUAGCAAUGUACACACCGGAUGUCGAUGAAAGUGUUAGCACUUCCACAAGCUCUAUAGAUUUAGACAGUCCACGCUCAAAUAAAUUACCAUGUAGGACUAAUUAA